UGCCAGCUUGUGUGUCAGUGACUGUCUUAGUAUAAUUUAUUAGCCCCAGUAGUGAUAAAUGAUUCAUAUUCUUACCUGAAAUUAAAGUAUAUGAUAAAAAUCCAUUUGUCACUAUCUUAUCCUGACUAAGUCUAACUAGAAUGUUUGUAUUUCCUAUUGUAUAGUUGAAAUGUGAUACUUUGAAGAGAAGAGAGAAUGACCUUCAUUUUCAAACUGUAAACAAUAAAAUUAUUUCCUUUUUAAUCAUGUUUAGAGAAUGACCUUAAUUUUCAAACUGUGAAAAAAAAUCCUUCUUUAAUCAUGCUUACAAAAAAUUUACUGGUGGUGUCAUCAAAGGAAAUCUAUUUGUGGUAUAAAUAAAGUAAUUAGGUACCUAUGUAACUAUAAAAUUAUCACGUUCAUUUUCAAAUAAAAAUCAAAGGGAGAAUAAAUAGAAAGUUUUCACAGGUUAUCAAGUAAUUAAGGUAAGUGUUGUUGCUCAAUUGUUAAAGUGUGUAUAUAUGCUGGUGAUAUUCAAUAUGUAAAACCAUACCAACAUCAUGGCAGACAUUAUUUGUUCUUGUAUUGAUUGUGGUGCCAAUGUCAUUGACGAUGAUGAGGCUAUUUCGUGUGAUAUUUGUGAAAGAUGGCAACACAGGAGAUGCAACACUGGUAAGUUAAGUUAAAUUAUUAUAUAAUCCUGUAUGAAAUAAAAUAAUUUUGUAGCCCAAAAAAAGGGAAAAAACAUACUUUAUAUUAAUUAUUACAAUGUCAUUAUAACAGUUUUUCACAGUGCUUACUGAUUAUUCGAUGAUUAUAAGAGUUAUUUAAUUCAAUAGUUAAACAUUAAAUGAUUUAAAUGAAUUAUUUUCAGGUAUAACCCUCAGACAGUAUCGCCGGAUGGUGAGGCAGGAGAUUGAACUUCCCUGGUCUUGCGACCAGUGUCGGGAACAUCCUGCUGCCGUACUUGACCAUACCGCUGCAUAUGAACCCGCUGCCGACGAACCAACAGAACCCGCUGCCGACGAACCAGCAGACUAUGCAGCCAACGGGAUUCAAGAUAAUUCUUUCAAUGUCCAUGAAGACAUAAGAGAGAGACCUCACAUACAGAAUGGGGAAUUACCAGACCCACCACCCAACAGGAAUGUCAUCCCAGAUGGUCCCGUUACGUAUGAGGUGGUAGAAGGAGCCACAAGAAAAGGUGGACAGAUGCUCCUUGGGAGUGACGGAUAUACAUACGUAGUAAAAAGAAGCAAUCCAGUUACUUGCUUUGUGUACUGGGUGUGCAAUGUGAGGUCGAAAGCUAAGCACUGUUCUGCCUGGGUGAACAGUAUGGCGAAGAUCGUGUAACAGGAGAGAUCGUCCACAAC